CGGCUUACCUAACGCUAAGGCCGCUUUGGCUGCCCACGGGGAACUUUCUCGCUGGAUUUUCUCCGCAAUCCGCAUUUUGUCUCCACUCCCACUUACCCUUGUGGAUUUCUCUCCAUCCCGAACUUUUCUCGUGUUUACUGGGUUUACUGGCUCUACUGGGCGGAAUUGGAUUCAUCUAGUCGACUUAGUUCGUUUUAGGCUCUCUGGCUGACUCUCUCUCUGGCCAUGGUGGCCCCACUCCCUGGUCAUUCUCUAUCCCGCCUGUCCUUUCUGGCUGGCAAUCCCUGGUCGUUUCGGCUUCCAAGUCUGGCCAGACGGCCCGAUGACGCGGUUGUGCCUGCCGACCCCAGUCCUGCUUGGCUCUCGUGGAAAUUUUCAACAAUGACGAUGAUGGUCAGUCGGUCAGUCAAUCAACCAGGGUGACACUGGAUCUUCUGGGGUCUUUGGGCGUUGCUGGCCUGAUGCGCCUUGCCUUUAAAAGCCUCGUGCAUUCCCCUCUUCACCCCCC